GAAGGAGGCGGAGCCAAGAUGGCGGAGCCGCCCCGCGCUUCCUCCCCUCCCUGCGCGGGGCCUUAGUCUCCCUCUGCCGCCGCCAUGGCCUCCGGCUCCGCCAAGUCGUUCCUGGCCGAUGCCGGCUACGGCGAGCAGGAGCUGGACGCUAAUUCCGCCCUCAUGGAACUGGACAAAGGGCUCAGAUCUGGUAAACUUGGUGAACAGUGUGAGGCGGUUGUGCGAUUUCCCAGGCUCUUUCAGAAGUAUCCAUUCCCUAUUCUCAUCAACUCUGCAUUCCUAAAGCUGGCUGAUGUGUUCCGAGUUGGAAACAAUUUCCUUAGGCUCUGCGUGCUUAAGGUUACCCAGCAGAGUGAAAAACAUUUGGAGAAGAUCCUGAAUGUGGAUGAGUUUGUGAAGAGGGUCUUUUCCGUGAUUCAUAGCAAUGACCCUGUGGCAAGGGCCAUCACACUCCGGAUGUUAGGAAGUCUGGCAUCCAUCAUUCCAGAGAGGAAAAAUGCUCAUCACAGUAUUCGUCAGAGUUUGGAUUCACAUGAUAAUGUGGAAGUCGAAGCUGCUGUUUUUGCUGCUGCCAACUUCUCAGCACAAUCAAAAGAUUUUGCUGUGGGAAUUUGCAACAAAAUCAGUGAAAUGAUUCAAGGCUUAGCCACACCAGUGGAUUUGAAACUGAAGUUGAUCCCCAUUUUACAGCACAUGCACCAUGAUGCAAGCCUGGCCUCCAGCUCGCGCCAGCUUUUACAGCAGCUGGUUACAUCAUAUCCCUCCACAAAAAUGGUUAUUGUUACUGUGCACACUUUUACUCUUCUGGCUGCUUCAUCUUUGGUUGACACUCCCAAACAGAUUCAACUUUUGUUGCAAUACUUGAAGAAUGAUCCAAGAAAGGCUGUGAAGAGACUUGCUAUUCAAGAUCUGAAGUUACUUGCAAACAAGACACCACAUACCUGGAGUAGAGAGAAUAUUCAGGCACUCUGUGAAUGUGCUCUUCAGACUCCUUAUGACUGCCUGAAACUAGGCAUGCUGUCUGUUCUCUCCACACUGUCAGGGACGAUAGCCAUCAAACACUACUUUAGUGUUGCUCCAGGAAAUGCAGCUUCUUCAGCAAGAUCCUCUGACAUAGUCAAAUUAGCCCAAGAAUGCUGUUACCAUAGUAAUCGGGGCAUUGCAGCUCAUGGUGUGAGAGUCCUGACUAAUAUAACUGCUUCUUGUCAAGAAAAGGAUCUUUUGCCACUGGAACAAGAUGCCGUCUUUGGCCUAGAGUCUCUUCUGGUGCUUUGUAGCCAAGAUGACAGUCCAGGUGCUCAAGUAACUUUAAAGAUUGCUCUUACUUGCAUGGUGAAGCUGGCUAAAUGUCGACCUCACUUGAGCCAGUCAGUUGUGGAGCCUUUGUUGACUCAACUUCACAGUGCCCAGGAUGCUGCUAGGAUUCUCAUGUGCCAUUGCCUGGCUGCUAUUGCCAUGCAGCUGCCUGUAUUGGGUGACGGAAUGCUUGGUGACCUGAUGGAGCUCUACAAAGUGAUUGGCCGAUCCGCUACUGACAAACAACAGGAGCUUUUGGUGUCCAUGGCCACUGUGAUUUUUGUUGCCAGUCAGAAAGCAUUAUCUUCCGAAAUUAAAACGGUUAUUAAGCAACAGCUUGAGAAUGUCUCCAAUGGAUGGACAGUUUACCGGAUUGCCAGGCAAGCAUCCAGAAUGGGGAAUCAUGACAUGGCCAGAGAGCUUUAUCAAAGCCUGCUGACUCAGGUGGCUUCUGAGCAUUUCUACUUCUGGUUAAACAGCCUGAAGGAAUUCUCCCAUGCGGAACAGUGCCUCACAGGUUUGCAAGAGGAAGACUACAGUUCAGCCCUUUCAUGCAUUGCGGAGUCUCUAAAAUUCUAUCACAAAGGGAUAGCUUCAUUAACAGCUGCCAGCACACCGCUGAAUCCUUUAAGUUUUCAGUGUGAAUUUGUUAAACUAAGAAUUGAUCUUCUGCAGGCCUUUUCUCAACUUUUUUGCACUUGCAACAGUCUCAAGACAAGUCCUCCUCCUGCCAUCGCCACAACUAUAGCCAUGACCUUGGGGAAUGACCUCCAGAGAUGUGGGCGCAUCUCCAACCAGAUGAAACAAUCAAUGGAAGAAUUUCGAAGCUUAGCCUCACGUUAUGGGGAUCUGUAUCAGGCAUCUUUUGAUGCAGAUUCGGCAACUUUACGGAACGUGGAAUUACAACAGCAGAGCUGCCUCCUGAUCUCUCAUGCAAUAGAAGCUCUGAUUCUGGAUCCAGAAUCCGCAAGUUUUCAGGAAUAUAGUUCUAGUGGAGCAUUGCAUGCUGAUAGUGAAUAUGAAAGAAGAAUGAUGUCGGUAUAUAAUCAUGUCUUGGAGGAAGUGGAGUCACUGAACCGGAAAUACGCUCCUGUAUCUUACAUGCAUACAGCUUGCCUCUGCAAUGCCGUCAUUGCUGUGCUGAAAGUUCCCCUUUCAUUUCAAAGGUAUUUUUUCCAGAAACUACAGUCCACUAGUAUUAAGCUGGCUCUGUCACCAUCUCCCCGGAACCCUGCAGAGCCAAUUGCUGUCCAGAGCAACCAGCAACUGGCUUUAAAAGUAGAGGGCGUAGUUCAACACGGAACCAAACCAGGACUCUUCCGUAAAAUUCAAUCAGUGUGUCUAAAUGUGUCUUCAACUCUACAGAGCAAAUCUGGACAAGACUAUAAGAUUCCCCUCGACAACAUGACCAAUGAGAUGGAGCAGAGGGUAGAGCCACACAAUGAUUACUUCAGCACUCAGUUCCUCCUGAACUUUGCUAUCCUUGGCACUCACAACAUCACAGUGGAGUCUUCAGUGAAGGACUCCAAUGGGAUCGUGUGGAAAACUGGGCCCAAAACCACCAUUUUUGUGAAGUCUCUUGAAGAUCCUUAUUCCCAGCAGGUUCGCCUACAGCAACAGCAAGCCCAGCAACCAUCUCAACAGCAGCAGCAGCGAAAUGCCUAUUCACGGUUUUAGCUGCCAGUUGAGUGUUCUGUGCCCUUUAAGGAGUUGGAUGACUAAGCUAGCAAUUGGCUUCAUGCAGAUUCAGAUGCAAAAGUUACAGUGCAGCACAACCAAGAGUUGCAUGUGAUAGCCAUAAUUGUGUCCUGGAAACACCUUACCAAUGUAUAAAGUCCAAGUGAAAUAGUUAUGCUCCAACCAUGAAUGCAAAUAACCCUUUUGUUGCCACCUGUCUUCCUUCCCAACAUCAAGUUUUUUUGUUUUGGUGCCUUCCUUCAUUUCCUGUGUGGUUGAUUUCUGUUAGUGUGCUUUUUGUGGUUAGUUUGUCACUAUCAUUCAUUUUUCCUACAGAACAGGAGUCUACAGAUUUGUCCAACAAAUAGUGAACAAGGCAGGUCCCUUGCAAUAAUCCAACCUCCACUACCCAUGGGGCAGGGUUGCUUCCAGCUUUGGACAAAGUAGCAAAAAAAGGGUUAAAGAUGGUUAUUUCUGUGCAGCACAAAGGAAAGCUGAGUUUUCUUUAAUAGAGCAGAUGAGACACAUCCAGAUAGCUUCCAGAGUAGUUGGCCUGGGAUUUGCUACUGUUAGCAUAUCUCUUGGGUAGUUUUCCUAGGUGGAAGCAGCUAGAAGAGAGAUGGGGAGAAAUUGGUGGUUGCGCUGAUUAAUGCCUAUUUUUAUAUUCAUUUUAAUAAAGAUUUUUGUUCCUAGAAACUUGGUUUCUUAAAAAAGUUUAGUCAUUUUAAUAUGCAUUUUAUCUGUUAGAUUUUUUGUUAGUUGUGUUUGUUUUGUAAUUCUGAAGUUUAUUAAAAGCAAAAUCUUUUACUCAGUGAUUAUGCCCUCUAAAGGCAGUCAUCAUCAUCAUCAAUGGAAUUUAUUGAGUGCUUAGCAGAGCACUAUAGUAAACGCUUGGGAGAAUACAACAGAGUUGGCAGACAGAUUCACUGCCCACAGUGAGCUUACAGUCUUGAAGACGGGUGAGAAUUAUCUUCAUUUAUUGACGUAUAAUGUCCCUCUUUUAAAAAAAGAAAGAUUUAACCUCUCAGUUUUGAAAAUAAAUAUGGGAGAUAUACCAAACUGUUUCUAAUAAAUGAUUUUUCCAGGAUAGAAAUUGGAGUACUGAUUUUCCAAUUUGAUUAUGGAGGCAAACUAGGGGUGGGCCAUCGAGGGUAGAAGGGGCAGGCUUUGGCAGUGGAAGUUCAAGGAACAAGGUUAAAAGACAACGGGGAAAAAGGAAAGAUAAUGAAGAGGAAAGGGUCAUGGAGGUGAAAGGGACAGAGAGUAAUGCGAAAGGAUGGGGAGAAAGGGAAAGUGGUGGGAGAAGCCCAAGAUAGGCCUGAGUAUUCACUGUAUUUUGGUUUUCUUUCCCUCAGAUGGGGCUCUGGAGCCUCAUAUGGGAAACCAUCCUAUCCAAGCUCCUCCUAGACAGCCAGGACUCAGGGAUCCACAUGGGCUUGAGGCAAACGUUGAAGCUCCAGAGAUGUAGCACUGGCCCAAAGCCCAUGUGGCCACAGUGGUGGACACACUCACCAGCUAGGGCUUGCUUCUUCAUUGGAGUGGAAACUGCUGUUGCUAAGGCAGUGUUUGCCUCAUCCCCACUGGGCUUCAAGACAGGGGUGAGAAGAACCUCUAGCCACUUAGUUUUCUGAGGAUGAAAAAAUCAACAACUUGGAAUAACUGAGUGGACUUUAAAAAUCUCAGAGACUGAAACUGGGGGCGUGUGCAAGGGAUUUUUUUCACCUUAGGUCAUUAUGUUCAGGAUUUCUUUUGUGAGGAGAAAGAAUAUGAGACUGCAAAGCAAAAACCUAAGGCCCCAAAGUCAAAAUAGCAUUAGUUGCUGAGGUCGGAAGUGUUGCAUUCUGUCUGGUACCGACUGGGGAUGUGCAUUAGCAUCAAGGGCUCUUAAUAAGAGAAAGACAAUUUGUAAUAUUUUUAUUUCAUGCGACUUCCAGGAACAGGAAAUAGGAUAGUAUGACAACGAGCAAAGGCCAAAAACAGAAGUCAGUGAUUUAAUAUGGCUUAAUGUUGUGGGGAAUUUUUCAACAUGAAAAGAUUUUUGAAAUAAGGUUUUAAAUACUAGUUUUUCAGGCUCCUGGUUUCUUAGCAAAAUAAGCAAACCAUAGGCUAUUUUAGGUCACAAUAAAACUGUCUAAUUCUG